ACACACCAUGGCAACAACAACACAAUCCACAGAUCCCACAUCAAUCAACGACCCCAAAGUCGCAGCCUCGACUCUAGACUUUCUACUCAUAGAACUGGUCCCGCUUGCGCAACGCAUAGCCGCCGACCUACACCAAAGAGACACUGCCCUCCUCUCCUUCUCACUAGAAAGAAAUGCCACCUUGAACACCNGCGUCCUCGGCAUCUGUCACACAAAACCGCCAAAGUCUCAAGAGCACAGAGGCAGCCACCGCAAGAAUGUCCAUUAUCGCUUAGAUGCCCUGGGUUACCGCGUUGGAUUGGGAUUGGUGGAAAAGCUAUCACAGAACAGUCCAAGACCAACGACGCCAUUGGAUAUGAUCAAAUUCAUCUGUAAAGAUUUGUGGCAGGUCGUGUUUCGCAAGCAAAUCGACAAUCUCAAAACAAAUCACAGGGGCACGUUUGUCUUGACGGACAACAAGUUCAUGGCGCUGGGGAGGAUGAGUGUGGAUAGAGGGAGGGGUGCGAGGGGUGCUGACGAGGCGUUGAGGAAGGCGCAACCGGUAUGUUUGCAUCGAACAUUUCUUUCUUUGGCUUCUUCUGUGCUUGGUNUUCUCUAUUUCCCCUGUGGUGUCAUCCGCGGCGCGCUCUCUGCAUUUGGGCUUGCUGUUACUGUUCACGCCGAAACUGCCGAAUUGCCUCAAGCGAUAUUUCAAAUCAGGACUGUGGGCUCAAAACCU